CACCAAACCCUAUCCCACAUUUCGAUCCGAUCGAAGGAAUUCAAAUAUUUAAUUCUCUAGAUUUAAUCGAUGCAUUGUCUAGACUCCAUGGCGGCGGCCGAUUCUAAUUCGCCAAUGAUGAGUCGUGGCGGCCGAGUUGAGUGGAACGGGGAGAAGGGAGAACUGACAGAUUCCGCCAGAGGAUUUCCGCCGCCGUUGCCCUGGCUUGCCAGGACGGAAAACUCGUCGUCGUGUAGAAUGCCGUGGGUCCUGAAACGGCAUUACACGGAAGACGGGAGACUCGUCAUCACCGGCGUGAAAUCCGACCGCCACGAGUACUUGGAGGCCUACCGCUCCGGAAAUCGCCUCCGUCUACGCCUCGUGCCGCUCAGUGUCCCCCUCGUUGGCGACGAAUCGCCGCAUGAAUGCGCGGAGGAGGGGCAGGGGGGAUCGCACGGCGGCGAUGGAUUUGAUCGGGCGGCGGAUGCGGCGUUACAGGAUCGAUCUGGAAUUAUGAAUGGUGCCGGAAAUCUAAUGACCGACGCAUCCUGCGGCGGCGGCGGCGGUGGGGGAAAUAAGAAGUGUUCGAAUUCGUUGAUUAUUGGCGUGGGGGUGACAGCUAUUGCUCCCAUAGUUCACAUAUGACGACUAAAUUACGUAAUUAAUCAUUUUUUUGUUUUAUACUCCGUAUUUGUCAUUCUUUAGAAAGAACGAGAAGAUAUACACGAUUACCUUGGCUGAAUUUUAUAAAUUGUUGAAUCUUUC